CUUUGACUUGAAAUGGAACUUUCAGAAAAUUAUCAACAAGCAAAAAGGUGUCUGGAACGUUCAAGACAGUAUAUAUUGGAACACAAUGAAGGAGCAGCUAAGAAAUUUUUGGAAAAGGCCAAAAGGUUAUGUCCUGGCUUAAAGGAGAUUAAACAAGUAGAAAAGGAAUUAAGCGAAGUUUUGGCAACUAAAGUUUCCACGGGAGAGAAUAAGAAGAGAACGGGAAAAGAGCACCAGGAAACUUUUAAUGGAGUUGACAACGAAAGACGCAGAGAGGCAACUGAAGAACAGACAACCUUGGUGGAACACAUCAAACGACAAAAUAAUUAUUACAAGAUAUUGAAUAUCAAGCAGGAUGCAAGUAUGGAAGAUAUCAAAAGAAGUUUUCGGAAGUUGGCAGUGAAGUUACAUCCGGAUAAGAAUCCUUGUCCUGGAGCAGAAGAAGCCUUCAAGAAGGUAGCCAAAGCCUUUCAAGCGCUGUCUGAUCCUGUAAGAAGAGCAGAAUAUGAUCGUAGUGGAGUUGAUACUGGAGAACAACGUGCUAUUCCAAGACGUAGGACAAGUAGUCGACAAGGAGCUUCAAGUGCAUUCUUUUUUGAUCCAUUCACAGGAACCUUUCGAGAGAGACCUUUUACAGGAUUUCAUCAAACACCUUUCUUUACUUCUGAAGAUUUUUUAUUUCAGUUUUUUAGAAAUUUUCAUGCUUCAAAUGCUUCUGAACAGGAGUAUUCUUUUGGUUCUCGUAGGUCCAGGAGAAUACCACAAACAUCUUUAGGAAAGAUAUUAUUGAUGCUUUCAAAUAUGUGGCCAGUGUUAUUGAUUGUAUUACUCGCAUAUUUUUCAGUUCCUUCUUCACCCCUAUUUCAGUUGUAUCCAGAUUCCACAUAUUCUAUUGAAAGAAGAACAGCCCAUGCAGGAGUAUUGUACUAUGUAAAGCCGUCUUUACAGUGGGAUUCUUUAAAACCCAAUGAAGUUCUGAAAUUGGAACAGGAAGUGGAACAUUCAAAGCUUAUGGAACUCUCUGGAAAAUGUGCAAUGGAACGUCAACAUUAUCUUGAAAGGAAUCUACCAUUAUUUCAUACGGAGAAUCAUCGUAGAAAACUCUUGCAAGACUUUAAUUCUACCAACUGUGAACAUUUUGAAAAUUUACGUCCCUUACUUGUGAGAUAUGGAUAGAGAAGACGAAUUCCGAUAUCCAUUUAUAGGAGUUUAUAUACAACCUAAACACUCCUUUAUAUCAUGUAGAACGGAUCCAAAUAUGAAUUUGUUCUUGGCAAGAUAUUUCAACAAAACUUGUUUGAUAGAAAGGGGUUGUUUGAAAUCACUUUUCACAUUCAUUUCUUAUUCCUCAUUUUUUUUGUAAAAGGAAAGAGAGAACGGAGGUGAUAUAAGUGCAAAGAUAGACUCUUUCAUGAAAUGUAAAGUAUUCACCAAGUAUCGUAUAUAACCAAAUUCGAAGAAGUUCUCAAUUCUUAUGAAGAGAUUCUCUCGAACGAAUAGUGACCAAAAUUGUCGAUGACUUUGGAUUCGGUUCUUCGAAAGUGGAAAGAAGAUGUUUUGAGACCUUUUGUAAAGUUUUGUCCUUUUCACCCUAUUACCAUUACUAUUAUUUCUUUUGUUACUGGCCUAUUCUGUGUUUUU